UACCAUUAGGCUUCUAAGUUUCAAAAUUCCUUCCUUUUUGCCUCUAUCUGGCUCUGUGCUAAUUGGAGCUUGAAGAAGACGGUUAAUUGAUAUCAAAACCUAAAGCAAACAUAUCUCGCACAAAUCAAAAUAUCUGUAGAAGCUUGUAAAAGAACUAGGUAUGGCGGCGACUACUGCAAAAAAAAAUGGUUCUAAUGCUACUGCCACUGCUAAAUCUAGUAUUCCGGCUGUUUCACACCCGCUGGCCGAAGAGUCAUCGGAGAUUGCCUCCAAUAUCAAUUUCCAUGCACAAUACACUCCUCAUUUUUCGCCUUUUAAGUUCGAGCCGGAGCAAGCGUACUAUGCGACUGCAGGGAGUGUUCGCGAUCGUCUGAUCCAACAAUGGAAUGAGACCUAUCGCCAUUUUCACGAAGUUGAUCCAAAGCAAACAUACUACUUAUCCAUGGAGUAUCUCCAAGGACGAGCUUUGACUAAUGCAAUUGGAAACCUGAAUAUCCAAGAUGCAUAUGCUGAUGCUUUAAAUAAGCUGGGUCAUGAACUUGAGGAAGUUGUUGAGCAGGAGAAAGAUGCGGCACUUGGAAAUGGUGGUCUGGGAAGGCUUGCUGCAUGUUUUCUAGACUCUAUGGCGACAUUGAAUUUGCCAGCAUGGGGCUAUGGUUUGAGGUACAGAUAUGGCCUGUUCAAGCAGCGGAUUACCAAGGCAGGCCAGGAAGAAAUUGCUGAAGAUUGGCUUGAGAAAUUUAGUCCUUGGGAGGUUGUCAGGCAUGAUGUUGUGUUCCCCGUCCAGUUCUUUGGUCGUGUUGAGGUCGAUCCCUCUGGCUCCCGAAAAUGGGUUGGCGGCGAGGUUCUACAAGCUCUAGCAUACGAUGUGCCAAUCCCAGGGUACAAAACCAAGAACACUAUCAGUCUUCGGCUCUGGGAAGCCAAAGCUUGUGCUGAGGACAUAAGCUUAUCUCAAUUUAAUGAUGGACAGUAUGAAUCUGCUGCACAGCUCCAUUCUAGUGCUCAGCAGAUUUGCGCUGUUCUAUACCCUGGGGAUGCAACAGAAAAUGGAAAACUUCUACGUCUGAAGCAACAAUUUUUCCUGUGCAGUGCAUCACUUCAGGACAUUAUUUCAAGAUUUAAGGAGAGGAAAGGCGGGAAGGGUUUGCGCCAGUGGUCUGAAUUUCCUAGCAAGGUUGCAGUACAACUAAAUGACACACAUCCUACUCUCACAAUCCCGGAGCUGAUGCGAUUGCUAAUGGAUGAUGAAGGACUUGGAUGGGAUGACGCAUGGGAUGUGAUGACAAGGACAAUUGCUUACACAAAUCAUACGGUUCUUCCCGAAGCACUAGAGAAGUGGUCACAAGCUGUAAUGUGGAAGCUUCUUCCUCGCCAUAUGGAAAUCAUCGAAGAAAUUGACAAGCGGUUUAUUGCCCUGAUUCAGUCAACACAACCGAAUCUUGAGAGUAAGCUUUCUAGCAUGUGCAUUUUGGAUCACAAUCCCCAAAAGCCCGUUGUGCGGAUGGCUAAUCUAUGUGUGGUGUCUUCACAUACGGUCAAUGGUGUUGCCCAGUUACAUAGUGACAUCCUUAAGUCUGAGUUAUUUGCAGACUAUGUCUCUGUUUGGCCUAACAAGUUCCAAAAUAAGACCAACGGCAUAACUCCCCGUCGAUGGCUCCGUUUUUGCAGUCCAGAGCUCAGUCAUAUAGUCACCAAAUGGUUAAAAACAGAUCAAUGGGUGACUAACCUUGACCUUCUCACCAAUCUUCGGCAAUUUGCUGACAAUGCAGAUUUUCACACUGAAUGGGAAUCAGCCAAGAUGGCCAACAAACAGCGUUUAGCGCAGUACAUACUGCGAGUGACAGGUGUGAGCAUUGACCCCAAUAGUCUGUUCGACAUACAAGUCAAGCGCAUUCAUGAAUACAAAAGACAGCUGCUAAAUAUUUUGGGUGCGGUCUAUAGGUACAAGAGAUUGAAGGAAAUGAGCCCUGAAGAGCGGAAAAAUACAACAUCACGCACCAUCAUGAUUGGUGGAAAAGCGUUUGCGACAUAUACAAAUGCUAAAAGAAUAGUUAAGCUGGUGAAUGAUGUUGGUGCUGUAGUCAACAAUGAUCCAGAGGUCAACACCUAUUUGAAGGUAGUUUUCGUUCCCAACUACAAUGUAUCAGUGGCGGAGAUCCUUAUUCCAGGAAGUGAGUUAUCGCAGCAUAUUAGCACAGCAGGCAUGGAGGCAAGUGGCACAAGCAACAUGAAAUUUGCACUCAAUGGAUGCCUUAUUAUAGGAACAUUGGAUGGUGCUAAUGUGGAAAUCAGGGAGGAAAUUGGGGAGGAGAAUUUUUUUCUCUUUGGUGCAACAGCAGAUGAAGUCCCUCACUUGCGCAAAGAAAGAGAGAAUGGACUGUUUAUGCCUGACCCUAGGUUUGAAGAGGCGAAACAGUUUAUAAGAUCUGGAGCGUUUGGAAACUACGAUUAUAACCCACUCCUCGAGUCUCUGGAGGGGAACUCAGGUUAUGGUCGUGGUGAUUAUUUUCUUGUUGGUCAUGACUUUCCUACCUACAUGGAUGCUCAGGCAAGAGUGGAUGAAGCUUACAAGGACAGGAAAAGAUGGAUUAAAAUGUCUAUCUUAAGCACUUCUGGGAGUGGCAAAUUCAGUAGUGACCGGACAAUAUCCCAGUAUGCAAAGGAAAUCUGGAACAUAGAGGAGUGCUGCGUACCACAAUUACGAUACCCUACUGUUACGCCUCUCUUGUAAGUUUCAAUAGACAAGUCGAUAAAAACAUUUAGAAAAACAAAAAAAAAAAAAACUGAAAAACAAAAGAUGUCUGUAAAAAUAUUUACCUAAAGAUGAUACAUUAAUAAGCUCAGUGAUUUGCAUUUACUGCACUACUUGCGUUUGUUUCGUAAACAUAUUGGUUGUUUGUAACGGAUUUAAAUGGUUUAGUUAACUUAUGUUCAGUG